GAGCCCGGGCCCAGGGUGAGUCGCAGCUUCGCGCACAACCGAAAACAAACAAACAUCAACACUGACACUCACACGCCGAGACAAUCAACAUUCACGUCGCGCCGCCGCAAUCGCUGUCAUCGUUGUGUUAAAGGAUGCUACAAAGUUUACUGAUUGUAAAAUCUUAAUUUUCCACAAUUAAGUGAGAAUCACCUGAUCCUCCUGCUCCUGGGACUCUACUUUCACUUUGGACUCCUCCCAGCCCACUGCUUCGCCUCUGCUCAAGUCAUCGCUGUCAUGGCAAACCGUGGCAUGGCCAGCAGGCCCAACGGCCAGGUUGCUGGUAACAAGAUGUGCCAGUUCAAGCUCGUGCUACUCGGCGAGUCGGCUGUGGGGAAAUCAAGCCUGGUGCUGCGGUUUGUGAAGGGUCAGUUCCACGAAUUCCAGGAGAGCACUAUCGGUGCUGCCUUCCUGACGCAGACGGUCUGCCUGGAGGACACGACGGUGAAGUUUGAGAUCUGGGACACGGCCGGGCAGGAGCGCUACCACAGCCUGGCGCCCAUGUACUACCGCGGGGCACAGGCUGCCAUCGUUGUGUACGACAUAACUAACCAGGACUCGUUUGCAAGAGCAAAGAAUUGGGUUAAAGAGUUACAGCGGCAGGCAAACCCGAACAUUGUGAUUGCUCUUGCAGGAAACAAGACAGACUUGGCCAACCAGAGGACAGUUGAUUUUGAGGAGGCACAGGGAUAUUCAGAAGACAAUGGACUUUUGUUUAUGGAAACAUCUGCAAAAACAGCCAUGAAUGUGAACGACGUAUUUUUGGCUAUAGCCAAGAAGCUACCGAAAAACGACCAAAGUACACAAAGCCGAACUAACGAAGUAAAUUUCGAUCCUACUCCUCCAAGCAGAAGCCAGUGCUGUGCAUAAUGACUUCUCCAUGGCUGAAUCCACCUGUGUACGCUACACAGUACCGUCGCCCCCAUCGAGCAUCCUUCCUGCGUCUCAUUACUUCCGGCCCCCCAUAUAUUACGUCUCUGUUGCUGGUGUGCACACACGUGGGAGCAUAAACAUUUAAUGGUGAAUUAAACUGUAACUGAAUAUGAUCUCAUUUUUCCCCCCAAAUGGCAUUACAGCUUGAUCGCUUAUAUUUUUGAAAGUACUAUGAUACAUUUUGGAAACACUGCUACAUCACUAGACCGCUUGGCAUCCCAGACUUCUUUUAAAUUAUUUUGAAAUCUGAGAUAUGGACGUUGGCAAUUCUGUAGUCCCUUUGUAUUAAACAUGUUGCAUUGUAACAUCAAUCUAUUUGAAUCUGUCGAGACACAGCAUCCACUGUACAUACUUGAACUCUCAUGGAUAUCAUACAAUAUAGAUGACAGCAGUGAUUCUCUACUUUUUUUUAUCAAUAGUCCCGCAGUCACCAUAUAGUCCCCAUUAUUUGAGCAGUGAUUUGGAGGUGUGUUGGAGGCAUUGGUUCUGUCUGAUGCCACUACCGAACUGGAAGCCCUAAUGAUCCCUUGGCUGUUCAGACCCAUACUAUGGUUUGUGGAGACCCUGGGUGUCCACUCCCAGAAAGGGGAUCCCUCUUGUGUGUACAGUAAUAUACAUUUUAAACCUCAGUGCCAUGCAAAAUCACAACACGAUUGAGUAAUCCACCAAAAUAUUGGAACAUCUGCCGUCACGGUAGCAUAUCGCGGUGCCUGCAAUUUCUGCAUGCUACAGCUUUGGUGCUUCUAAUUCCUAGUGGUGUUUGCCCACCUGUCUGCAUAAUGCCCACCAAGUAGUGCUCAUGCGGACUUACUACCAGCUGUGUGAGGCUCCUCUUGACUGAUACCCAGCUAAUCUGUUAGUGUAACCUUUGUGAAUGAUUUGCCUCGGGAAGUGGGAUUUUUUUUUCUUUUAGUGGGGACAGAAACAUUAAAAUGGUGGUUUUUUGUGCAUUUUAAUGUUUUAGGUUAUGUUCGAAGAUACCUUUAACUAUAAAACAGUAUAUAUAAUUGUAAAUAAAAUAUCGUCACCUUAACCAAUUUGAAUAAAUCCUCUUAAAAGUACGGAAUAAGAUGUACUGUAAUAAGAGAGCAAUUUAAACAAUAUUUGGUGCAAACUGAAUAUCUUGUGUGCAAACAGCAGCAGCAUGAAACUCUUCUCAGAUGUUAAGUAUAUCAUUAUGUAAAACUGAUCAUGUAUUAAAAUGUCCUGUGUUGCUUUGCUAAUGUCAUUUUGAAUUAAAAUAGGAAGUACCACUUCAGUUUUGCAUUUCUUCAGAUGCAAGUGCAGCAUUAUGCAAAUAUAAGCAGUUAAAACUUUUUAAAUGUUAAAAUUAAUAAUGAACAUAUACAAAUAUUCUUUAAUAUAAAUAAAGUACUGUAUUAUGGCUGUUACACAACUUAAACACAUAGCAUCAAACGUGCACAGUAUUUAGCGUUAAAGUGGUUCCAUGUUUUCGGUUGCUGAGAAUAAUACAUUUUUAAUGAUGUUGAAAUAAAGUCCAUUUAUGAAAAUAAA